GGUGCCCUAAACUGAGUAUUCUUCUAAGUACUGUGCAAGUGCCGGGAAAUAAUUAAAAAAAAAAAAUAGCAUUAAAUAAUAAGCACCAGUGAUCCAAAGAUCUACAAUCAAAACGUGAUAUUAUUUAAAUAAUGAAAUAUUUAAUAUUUAAAAUCUGAGUAAAUAAGAGUUAUCUGUAAUAUCUUCAGACACUUAUCAAGAUAAACAAAAAUGCCGUACUACAACAGUGGCCACAGCUCUUCGCCCUAUUCCAAAGAUGUGCCGAGUGGACCAUCGAAUUCAUCUGGAAGCCGCAGCGGCGGAACCGAGCCGACCUACAUGAUGGAGCACUUGGCCACUUUCACAGUCACUAAAGACACGGGAAUUGUUUACCCGGCUGACGGUAUGCGUCGUCUUCUUCAGUUAGAAAAGAGCAAUGGAAUAUGGAGUCAAAAAAUGCAGUUACGUCUUGAGCGUAAUUGGGUUCUAAUUAUGGAUAAUGAAACUGGGGCGGUCAUGGAACGAUUUCCAGCCGCAUUGAUACAAGAACCGACGGCCUUCACAUCUCGGGAUCCGAUGGAGAUGUACAACAACAUUCUGGUCUUCACUGUUGGAGAUGACAGUGGUUCUGGUCAGCGGGCAGAGAUGCAUAUCUUCCAGUGCCAAAGUAUAUCCGCUCAGGACUUGGUUGAAGACUUGAAGAUGCUGCAAAUGGGAAAGUUAGUGCCCGGAGGGUCACCACGUGGUCCUAGAGGACAGAUACCACCUCCGCCGGCACUUCCGCCACCAGAGCCACCUCUCAAUGGUGUCAAUGUUCGUGAGCAGGUCUCAGCAUUUAAUGCCAAUGGUCCAAAUGAUCGUGAGGAAAAUAAUGAUGAGGUGUCAUCGACAUCUUCUGAAAAGUAUGAACGUGACGUAACAAUACUCAAUCACUGUUUUGAUGAUAUAGAGAAAUUUAUCGCGCGAUUGCAGCACGCGGCAGCGGCAUCUCGUGAAUUAGAAAGAAGACGUCGCAAUCGAAAGAGCAAGAAGCGAAAUUUAGGAGACGGCAUGCUAACGAUGCGAGCAAAGCCACCGCCGGAAAUUGAAUUUAUUGACAUAUUCCAAAAAUUCAAGCUGUCAUUUAAUUUAUUGGCUAAACUGAAAGCUCAUAUUCAUGAUCCAAAUGCACCUGAACUCGUCCACUUUCUAUUUACUCCACUGGCAUUAAUUGUUGAUGCGUCGCAUGACACUAAUUACGACACAAACUUACCAAGCAAAGUUGUGUCACCGCUGCUGACGCGCGAAGCCGUCAAUUUGCUGAUAAAUUGCGUGACCAGCAAGGAAACCGAACUCUGGCAUUCCCUUGGCGACACUUGGUUGGUCCCCCGUGACCAGUGGAAAGGUCAUGUGCCACCUUACCACCCGAUCUUCAUGGACGGCUGGUCACCAGAGUACCCCAUCCCCGAGGACCGCGAUCACGAUCAUCUGGCCUCGCUGCUAAAUGCAGACAAACAAAAACGCGAUGAAAUUCCCGAGCAGCAGGCAGAUAAUUACUACAACCACAGAGAUGUCGAGGAGUCGCAUUACAGCAGUGACUACUUGGAGUACGAGAGCCGCGAGGAGCGCGGUAACGAUUACUUUGACAGGAAUUACGGGCCAGGCUCGGAGUUAUACAGCAGAGAAGAUCGAGAGAGAGUGGAUCAGACACGUGCGCACAGUGACAUUUCCGUGGACUCAAUCGAGCGCGGACCGCGGGGAACUCCAGCGAUUGAUCGGGCUCAGGAGGCUUGGCUUGAUGAUUUAUUGGCCAAGAAUGCUAAAAUUGUGCAAGUAACUUAUCCGCGUACGGCAAAUAAUGACAAGGAAUUGACAGUCGUAAGAGGAGAGUACUUGGAGAUUCUUGAUGACAGCAGGAAUUGGUGGAAGGCCAGAAAUUCUCGGGGAGUUGUCGCUCAUGUUCCUCACACCAUUGUCGCACCCCACAAUCAAAACCAUUCCGGUGACAACGAUGUUUUUAACAACCCGUUAUACACCACGAGAUACCAGAGACAAGGGCACGGUUACAACUACGAGGACUCAGAGAUAGAAGGCACUAGUACUAGUCCUGGACCGGAAGCAACUCACAGACCCCACACAAUUCCACCACCGGCACCCGCUGACUGGGUGCGCAAAGAACGGCUGGGUAAGAAAGAUGAGAAUAAUUUGAAAAAUCAGGCAAUGGUUCCUCCACCACCUCCGUUGCCUAUUCCUUCAGCUCCUUCGGAAGUUAAUUCUGUUGAUUCAAGUAGAAGCAGUACUUUGAAAAGUAAUUCUUCUUUGAAUGAAGAAUCAUCUAAUAAAAAUCAAAUGCACAAAGAAUUAAAAUAUGUAUUAACUCUAUUUCGGGAUAAAAAAAAACAUGUUGAAGUUGUUAAGACACCGGAAAUAUUUAUUGACCAGCAAUCGACGCCAAGCGAAGUUCAAAACUGGUUGUCUGCUAAAGGUUUCUCUGAUAGAAUAUGCAAACAAUUAAAAGGAAUGACUGGCUCUGAAUUAUUUAGUCUUACAAAAAGACAAUUGGAACAGUAUUGUGGUCUAGUUGACGGAAGAAGAUUAGACGGACAGUUAACUCUUUCAAGAAAUGCUUCAGGCUAUCACACAGCAAGAACACAUGAACUAAAACAAAUACUCGAGAAAGCAAGGAAGAAAGUUGAGGAAACUCAUAUUGAAGGUUGAUAACAAACCUUGAAAAUUUUUUGCUCAAUAAAAAUAAAUAUAAGUAUCAAUAAAAAUGUCUUAAUAUUUGAAAUCGGCAUGUGAUUAAUUCAUAGAUAAUUAUUACAAAAAACUGAUAUUUUGAGUGUAAUUAUAACCGGAGUCAAAACUGGUGGGAGAUGAACCAAUAAGAGCUCUGGGAAUUUUAUUUUGAUAAGUAGAUAUAAGACUGCUGUCAAUUAAAUAAUAAUUGAAUAAUUAAUUUGCUGGUUAGUCAUAAUAUCAAAUAAAUAAACUCAUGCAGUAAUUACUCAUAC